ACCAUGGUGCACUGGACAGCCGAGGAGAAGCAGCUCAUUGCCAGCCUCUGGGGCAAGGUCAACGUGGAGGAAUGCGGAGCCGAGGCCCUGGCCAGGCUGCUCAUCGUCUACCCCUGGACACAGAGGUUCUUCUCCUCCUUCGGGAACCUGUCCAGCCCCACAGCCAUCAUCGGGAACCCCAAGGUCCGUGCCCAUGGCAAGAAGGUUCUCACCUCCUUCGGGGAGGCCGUCAAGAACCUGGACAACAUCAAGGCCACCUACUCCAAGCUGUCGGAGCUGCACUGUGAGAAGCUGCACGUGGACCCCGAGAACUUCAGGCUCCUCGGGGACAUCCUCAUCAUCGUCCUGGCCUCCCACUUCGCCAAGGACUUCACCCCUGCCUGCCAGUUCGCCUGGCAGAAGCUGGUGGGAGUCGUGGCUCACGCUCUGGCGCGCAAGUACCACUGA